CUUUGUUGCUGUUUAAAGUCAGACAAUGAGGCGCCGGGAAACUCCCCUUGGCAGCCGGGCGGGAGGCAAGAGGCGCUAGCAGCACCCAGGGCGCCCCGAGGGGGAGGGAGGGGGGGAGGGAGAGUUGCCUGCCUGGUCCGUUUCAGCCCGGAGGGGAAGCUCCCGCCUGCCUGGGCUCCCCGAUGGUUUUGCCUCGGCUCUGGGAGAGCUUCAGAUUCCAUCGUGCGCGCCUCGCCCUCCUGAGCUGCUUCUGCACUAGAAUGUUGCGGCAGGUCUUGCACAGAGGGCUGAGAACGUCUUUCGCCAGACUCGGCCACUUCAUUGCCAGCCACCCGGUCUUCUUCGCCUCUGCACCUGUGCUCAUCUCCAUCUUGCUGGGGGCCAGUUUCAGCAGGUACCAGAUCGAGGAGAGCGUCGAAUAUCUGCUAGCCCCCAAACACAGCCUGGCCAAGAUCGAGAGGAACCUGGUCAACAGCCUCUUCCCCGUCAACCGGUCCAAGCACCGUCUCUAUUCUGACCUGCAGACCCCUGGGAGAUACGGCAGGGUCAUUAUCACCUCCUUCGUGAAGGCAAACAUGCUGGACCAGCACCACACCGACCUGAUAUUAAAGCUGCACUCUGCUGUGACCAGGAUCCAAGUACAAAGACCUGGUUUCAAUUACACAUUUGCCCAUAUCUGCAUCCUAAAUAAUGACAAGUCUUGCAUAGUGGAUGAUAUUGUACAUGUCCUGAAGGAACUGAAGGCUGCUCGCUUGUCUAAUCAAACUAAUUUUGCUAUCACGUAUCCCAUCACACUCUUAAAAGAUGGCAGGGAAGUGUACAAUGGGCAUCAGCUUGGUGGUGUCACUGUGCACAGCAAAGACCGGGUGAAAUCUGCAGAAGCUGUUCAGCUCACCUACUAUUUGCAGGCAAUCAACUCCCUGAACGACAUGGUGGCAGAAAAAUGGGAAUCCAAUUUUUGUGACACUGUCCAGCUUUUCCAGAAAUCCAACCCAAAUGUCACAAUGUAUCCCUUCACAUCCUCUUCUCUUCAAGAGGACUUCCAGAAGACAAGCAGGGUAUCAGAACGUUACUUGACCACAAGCUUAGUCCUUGUGGUCACAUUGGCCAUGCUCUGCUGUUCCAUGCAAGACUGUGUCCGCAGCAAACCCUGGCUUGGCCUCCUUGGAUUGCUAACUGUGAGCUUGGCCACUUUGACUGCAGCUGGAAUCAUUAAUCUGACUGGUGGGAAAUACAAUUCUACCUUCUUGGGAAUUCCCUUCAUCAUGUUAGGUCAUGGGUUAUAUGGAACUUUUGAAAUGUUGUCCUCCUGGAGGAAAACCAGAGAAGACCAACAUGUAAAAGAGAGAACAGCAGCUGUAUUUGCAGACUCCAUGCUCUCCUUCUCUCUCACCACUGCCAUGUACCUGGUCACUUUUGGAAUAGGUGCCAGCCCCUUCACUAACAUUGAAGCAGCCAGGAUCUUCUGCUGCAAUUCCUGUAUUGCAAUUUUCUUCAACUACCUCUAUGUACUCUCCUUUUAUGGUUCCAGCCUCGUGUUUACUGGCUACAUAGAAAACAACUACCAGCAUAGUAUCUUCUGCAGAAAGGUACCAAAGCCAGAGGUAUUGCAAGAGAAGCCUGCCUGGUACAGGUUCCUUCUGACAGCCAAAUUCAGCGAGGACACAACAGAGUCAGAGGAGACAAACAGUUAUGAAAGUCACCUUUUGGUGUGUUUCCUCAAACGUUAUUACUGUGACUGGAUAACAAACACAUACGUCAAGCCUUUUGUAGUUCUCUUUUACCUUAUUUAUAUUUCCUUUGCCUUAAUGGGCUACCUGCAGGUCAAUGAAGAGUCAGACCUUAGUAACAUUGUAGCAACUGCGACACGAACCAUGGAGUAUACUGCUGCUCAGCAGAAAUACUUCAGUAAUUACAGCCCAGUCAUUGGGUUCUAUAUCUAUGAAUCAAUAGAAUACUGGAACAUGACCGUUCAAGAUGACAUGCUAGAAUACACCAAGGGGUUUGUGAGGAUAUCUUGGUUUGAGAGCUACUUAAAUUACCUUAGAAAACUCAACAUAUCAACUGGAUUACCCCGAAAGAAUUUUACAGAUAUGCUGAGAAACUCCUUUCUGAAAACCCCUCAGUUUGCUCACUUUUCAGAGGAUAUCAUUUUCUCCAAGAAAUACAAUGAAGUUGAAGUUGUAGCCUCUAGAAUGUUCUUGGUGGCUAAAACAAUGGAAACCAAACGAGAAGAGCUUUACCACCUCCUGGAAACCUUAAGGAAGCUCUCUCUCAAAUCUAAGGUUAAAUUCAUUGUUUUCAAUCCCUCCUUUGUAUACAUGGAUCGUUAUGCCUCAUAUGUGGGGGCUCCCUUGCAGAACUCCUGCAUCAGUGCUUUAUUCCUGCUCUUCUUCUCUGCAUUUCUUGUGGCAGACUCUCUCAUCAAUGUAUGGCUCACGCUCACUGUUGCCUCAGUCGAAUUUGGAGUUAUAGGUUUUAUGACCUUGUGGAAAGUAGAACUGGACUGUAUUUCUGUGUUGUGCUUAAUUUAUGGGAUUAAUUAUACAGUUGACAACUGUGCACCUCUCUUGUCAACAUUUGUCCUGGGCAAAGAUUUUACAAGAACUAAAUGGGUAAAGAAUGCCCUGGAAGUGCACGGGGUAGCUAUUUUACAGAGCUACCUCUGCUAUAUUGUUGGUCUGAUUCCUCUUGCAGCUGUGCCUUCAAAUCUGACCCGUACACUGUUCAGGUGCUUGUUUUUGAUAGCAUUAGUGACCUUCUUUCAUUGCUUUGCCAUUUUACCUGUGAUACUGACUUUUCUGCCACCAUCCAAGAAAAAGAGGAAAGAGAAGAAAACUCCUGAGAACCGGGAGGAAAUCGAGUGUGUAGAAAUGGUAGAUAUGGAUAGCACCCGAGUCGUUGACCAAAUUACAACCGUGUGACUAGAUGUUUAUUUUGGUUUUGUUCUUUUCUUUAACCCUAGAUCUUACUGUGAGAAGAAAAAUCAUAUUGAUUACAAAAUGGGGGCAUGGAUUUCUUUUUCAAAUUAAAACCAGAAAUACACAAAGCAAUGGGUAUGGGAGAAAGAACAUUUCUAAACAUUGAUUGGCUUUCUCUAUAAAAGUACAGAGAAAUUUACAUUCAUUCAGUACAAAGAAAGUGUCAGUUUGGUUGGUACCUGAGAUAAGAGAACAGAGUUGGGUUACUAAAUCAUAUGUUGCUGUGUUUACCCUGCAGAAUCUGCUGCUUUUGUGGCAGAAUCCCAGCAUAUUGAAAGGUCAACUGUCAAGACUGAAGGAGCAUUAAGUGUACAUUUUGGACACAUCUUUAGAAAAUUUUCAGUAUAGCAAUAACUCCAGUGAGUUAGCUAUUAUGGAUCUUAGCCAUCCCACUGAACUUUCCUUUCUAUUGCUUUUUCUUUUUCUGAAUAGAAACAUAUAUGCAAGUUUGUAAAACAUACAAAAAAGCCAAGCAAAUUAGGUUACAGAGUGGUAAACACAGCAAUCACUGUCACCAUAGGGUUAUGCUGCCAUCGCCUUCUUUUCUGAAUUAAUAGAUGUUUUGAAAUGCAAUUAAUCCCCAGUAUAUUUUAAAUAUAACAUAAUUUUGUAGCUUUUUUAAAAAAGAGGGUGUAUUAAUUAUAUGCAUAAGGCACGCAGCCACACAAGAAUUUUGUUUCUCAGAUAAAAAUCCAUUUUCUGAACAUGUUUUCUCUCAUUGAAGAGAUUCUGUUUACCAGUGCUAGACUUUGUAGCUCUAACUUAAACUAUGCUAGGGGAUCUAACAGCAGCCUAGAGAAAGGAUAUCUUAAGCACUUCACCAAAAUCCAUGAAUAAAGCCUCAGAUGCCUAAUUUUCUCAAAUAAGAGCCUUCAUGGCAGGCUGCUCACUACUAAUGCACUCCAAAAGGAUCGAUGGACAGCUUCACAUAACAUGCAACAUGGAUCACAAUCCCCACUCCUCUUCAGUAAUCCUUGCUACAGACAAUAAGAGACUUGAAAAUGAAUGGGGCUACUAAAGUAGUGACUUUUGAACACUGGAUGCUGUAAUUUUCCUUAAGGUCAUACUCUAAGUGGCUUCUCUAAUAAUGGACCUCAAUAAAAUCCAUCCCUAACCUGAAAAAAUGUCAUUGUUAUGACAUGCCAAAGACAGACAGACACCAGUUUUACAGAUAAUGUUCCUGCAGUGAUUUAUGCCAGAGUAGUAUAACUAUUAAAAAUCUUGUCCUUUUGGGAUAUCUCCUUUCAUUAGUUAUAGCAAUGUCAGUGUCUGUGAUAUGGAUGGGCACAAUAUUACAU